CGUCCCUUAACAAGAGCUUCUUCGGCGCCGGGCUCAAGUGUGCACUGUGCGGUGUGUUAUGGAGGUGGAAGGUGGUUAAAGGACUCGCACUCAGCGGAGGAUUUUGGUGGCUCUUCCUAUGAGUUGACAGUGUAACUUCAGUCCCGAGACGGUUGUAAAAAUACAACAGAACGUGCGGACACAUCGGAGAAGAAGGCACAGCGGUGGUGAGCUCCAGGUAGCAGCUUCAGUCGGCGUUCUCAGGUGGUCCGAUCGGGAUUGCCCCAUCCUUGUGUUGCCAUGGCGAUGCGGGAGCUGGUGGAGGCAGAAUGCGGCGGGGCCAAUCCGCUGAUGAAGUUGACUGGUCACAUGACCAAGGAAGGCGGGGCGUGGCGGCACCGCGCCACACCUUCGAUUCCCGCAACUCCCAUUGAAAUAGCAACAGAAGAUGAGCUGGUCGAUGAAUUCCUCCAGCCGCCCCCGCGUCCCCCGCACACCUUCGACAUGGGUCAGCUGCUGGAGGAGAUGCAGCAGAUCGACCAGCAGAGCUACAGACAGGCUCCGCAGAGAGCUCCGGACGUGGCGGCCUUGGCUCUCUCGGGCGACUGGGCAGCGGAGUUCACCUCGGGCUCGGAUUCCACCUCCACGCCGGGCCUCGUCGCGCUCGGUGACGCGGCCGACGCCGACUGGACCAAAGAAUUCAUCGCUCAGGCCGCGGAUCCUGGCCGCUGGGCAGAAGAAUAUCUGGAACAGUCGGAGGAGAAGCUCUGGCUGGGAGACUUUGGAGACAAGGAGAACGAGUGGACAAAGGAAUAUCAGCCGGGAGAGGAGCUGAGACAGACGGCCAACGAGCUGGUCUCCAAGGUGAACGACCCCAAGUUGCAGAACACGGAGUUCCUGCGUUUCAUUAAGCAAAUUGGCGAGGGCAGUGUGACAGUGGAGAGCAGGACAGACAAACAGCUGACAGAUAAAGCUCAGGCCGAGGAGGCUCACAACUGGGCUUCCAAUCUCAACCAGUUCCUGAUGGAAACGGGGGGAGGGAGUCUUCCCUUGGAAUCCACAGAGAGGAAUGAGAAGAUUGACAAAGCUAAAGCUAAGCAGGCACAGCAGUGGGCCAAAGUCGUCCGGCAGCCUAAAACCGCAAACAAGCCCCCUGAGCCCUCGUCUCUUCUUCAGGUGUCCCAGGAGUCCGCCGAGGCCUGGGUGGACGAGUUCACCGCAGCCGGACCGGAAUUCCAGCAAGCCAAAGCCGCGGUGGAGAGCGAUGUGGAUUUCUGGGAGAAGCUGCAACAGGAGUGGGAGGAGAUGGCAAAGCGAGACGCGGAGAGUCACCCCUGGCUGUCGGACUUUGAUCAGAUGCUCAGCUCGUCUUACGACAAGGGCUACCAGUUUGAAGAGGACAACCCCUACUUGUCCCACCAAGACCCUCUGACGGAGGGCGUGAAGAGGAUGGAGGCGGGGGAUAUCCCCGGGGCCGUUCGCUUCUUUGAGAGUGCCGUACAGAAAGAACCAGACAACCAACUGGCUUGGCAAUACUUGGGAACAUGUCAGGCAGAAAAUGAGCAAGAAUUUGCUGCCAUCAGCGCCCUCCGCAGAUGUGUGGCGUUGAAGAAGGACAACCUGACCUCUCUGAUGGCGCUGGCUGUCAGCUUCACCAACGAGUCGCUGCACAGGCAGGCCUGCGAGACUCUCCGCGACUGGCUCAAGCAUAACCCCAAGUACGCCAGCGUGUGGGAGCAGCAUCAGCGGGAACGCCAGCAGGACGCGUCCAGAGAAAGGGAAAUGGAGAGGGAGCGCUUUGGCUCUCUGCUGCCAGAAGCCGUGUUCACGGACGUACAAACGUUGUUCCUGCGUGCGGCGAACACGAACCCCGCGCAGGUGGACCCACAACUGCAGUGCGGUCUGGGAGUCCUCUUCAACCUCAGCGGCGAGUACGAUAAAGCCGUAGACUGCUUCACCGCGGCGCUCUCGGUCACCCCGCAGGACUACUUACUGUGGAACAAGCUGGGCGCCACGCUAGCCAACGGCAGCCGCUCAGAAGAGGCUGUGGCCGCCUACAGGAGAGCCUUGGAACUGCAGCCGGGGUUUGUCCGCAGUCGCUACAACCUCGGAAUCAGUUGUGUCAAUUUAGGAGCACACAGGGAGGCGGUGGAGCACUUCCUGGAGGCGUUGUCCCUUCAGCGGCAGGCCGCCGCCGGCGUGGAAUCAAGAGCGGCGCAAAGCCUCUGCGGCACUGCGGCCACCGUAAUGUCGGACAACAUCUGGUCCACGCUGCGCAUGGCUCUCAGCAUGAUGGGCGAGAGCUCGCUCUACUCGGCCGCCGACCGCCGCGACCUGGACACGUUACUGGCACACUUCUGCCAGAGGGAGGUGGAGGGCGGGCCCGAAUGAUGGUCCAUCUCGGGGGGGCUGAUUGCGUGCGAAUGCUCCCUGCACGGAGGAGAAUGUUUAGGACUGAAAGAGACAGUACAAGGGAACUGAUGUGUAAGACGCUGUCAGUCGUCCUCCAGUCAUCAGCCGGUUCACUUGCAGCUUUGGUAUCAGCCGACUGGAGUACAUUUGUUUUAUUUUGCAUAUUUGACGAUCCUGGUGGUUCCUCUUACGAUGCUUUGACAGUUUUGUAAUAACGCUAACAUGUUUUUUCCCCGCCUCAAAAACAAGUCGUACGUGGAGCUGUCAACAUGAUUAUCGUGUUCAGUAGAUUGAUGGAACAGACAGUGUGAGUGCCUCUUUUCGAGUUGCACUACUUACUUUCAAAAUGACUUAUUUUUGUGUAUAAACAUUUUUGAUUUUUUUGGGGAGGAAUCAGUUAGAAGCCAGGCCCUUGAAGUGAACACCUGUAAAACUGUUGUGUGCGCCUGCAAGAGAACGUAUGUAUUUGAGUGAAAGAGGCCGAGAGUUUGGGGAGAAUAUAUAUAUAUUGUUUGUAUGUUUUUCUGAGUUUGUGUAUGAUCGUGUCUGAGCACGUGUGAGAGUAUUUUUGAGUGUGUGUGCUGUACAGCCUCGAGGCACUUUGAAUGAUAAGAUCAUAUUUGUGUAAUAUGAUUGGUUCCCCGUGGGCUCCUCCCUCCCAUUCGAAUCCAACGUCAAACGCAUUGCUCCACUGUAAAUUUAAGUGUUCCCAUAACGUGUAAUAUUGUAAGCUCAUCGUUGCACUAUAAUUGUUUUCAGGUAACUGAUGGCCUGGCAGCAAUGUAUAAUAUAAUCAGCAAUAAAGCCCUAAAUUUUAAAUAU